AUGGCCGCUUUCUGCGUUCGAGGCUCUUUGGCGUCCACCCGAGGCGCUGCCACCCUUCUCUCUGUCGCUUCAGCUUCCCGUCGUUUCCUAUCUCGAGCUUCUCACUCUCGACUCGCUGCCUUACUUGCCUCGUCGGCCUCGGAGGACUGCCAGUCUUCCGACUUUCUGUCGUCGGGUUUGCCGCUCUGUCGUCCUGUCUCUCAGAGACGGAGGCGGGAAGAGGGAGGGGGGGAGUGUGCAGGCCACGAAGCGGCGUGCAGCGCAAGAUUGACCGACGAAGGCAGGAACCUUUUUAGGCACAGGACUCCGUCUUCCAGUCGACGCAGGAGAGGGUGGAGCGCCGUUCCGUCGUGUCUCCCGUCCUCUUCAUCGUCUUUUGCGUCUUUUUCCCCUCUGUUGUCCUUCGGUUCAUCUUCUCGGCCGUCUCCCCUGCUAUCUUUCUCGUGCUGUCUGUGUUCCGCCUUGGGAAGGAAGAAAGCGGUUGCUGUGGACCCGGCGACUGGACCUCUGUGCGGUUCGGCACAAUCGCCGGGAGUAUGUACAGUUCGCUUCUCUUCAGGGCUGUCGCCAAUGGCGAGGAGGGCUUUUCUUGUCGCGGGAAACGUGGCGGUUUCGUCUUUCGUCGACUCAGAGGCGAAGCGCUUCUUGGCCACUUUGUCGGUCACCCCUCUCAGCAGGUCCUUUUCGUUCCGUUCGAAAGCAUCUGUGGACCAGAGACCGCGCGACGCACAAACGCGUUCCGAAGGGGAGGGAAAGGCGACGAGACACGUCGCCCAUUUCGCGCAAGUGUUUUCGCCAACCCACGCGCACGCGCUUCCGGGUUUGGCUUCGCUCGCAGCUGGCUCUUCCUUGUCUCCGACUCCUCCCUCUUCUCUCCCGUCACGAGAGGAAGCCCGCCCAGACACUGCAGACUCGCGUGCCGGUGAAGAGCGAAAAAACUCCGACCCUUCGCCUGCUCUAGAGACCCCUACCCAGACAUAUCCAGCAGAAGGAACGCGUGAGAGUGUCUCAGGCCCUCGUGCGCGACGAAGACCGGCCACAGGACGAGGGAAGGCUCUCCCGCUCUUGACCGUCACCGCCGCAGCUUCGAAGCGGAUAAGAGACAUUGUAGACGAAUACAACGAACGCCUUGAGGCGUCUGCCGCCCAUACAAGAGGAGAAAGAGAAGCAGAAGAAAGAGAAGAUGGAGAAGAAAGAGAAGAUGGAGACGGCAGAUGUCUAGAGACAGCGGAAGGGCCACGCGCCAUUGGCAUUCGAAUCGGACUGGAAAAGCGAGGAUGCAGCGGACUAUCCUACACCGUGGAUGUCGCGACGCAAACGGUUGAUUCUCGGAAACAGACCUGGGGAGCAGAUGAGGUGAUCGAGACGGCGGGCGGCAAGCUUGUGGUGGCGAGCGACGCUGUCAUGUUCCUCGUUGGGACAGAAGUGGACUAUGUCGACACCGAAAUCGAGAGAAAAUUCGUCUUCAAAAACCCAAAUGAAAAACAAUCCUGUGGAUGCGGAAAGAGUUUCAUGGCCUAG